AUGUGAUGAUGUGAAGUUGUGACUGCGAGAGCGCUCCACAUCGGUGAAACCUCCUGACAAUUAUCAUGAAUGUAUUACUUUUUUUAUUUCGAUGAAAAGUCGUGAUAAUAGUCUGAGAUGAUAGAGAAGAUUACGGACAAUAGUAGUUCAGCGGCUUGACGUACUGUACAUCCAAGGAUGAGCGUGGGUUAAGGACACCCCUUCGGUGUAGCUCCUUACUGUCAUAGUAUGGAUUUACGUCAAGACAACUUCGUAGAAGUGACAUCUUCGGUAGUCUCUGAAGAGGCUAUUGUGUCUGAUUCACCGACAAUGGUAGAAACCGUGCGUGGGGCAGAGUGUGUGGUAAGAGAUGUGGUUGCUACCAACCAGGCAGCAGCAGCCGUCACCACCUUGUCAAAGGAGCACCAGACAGAGGAAGGUUACAGUAACGCUCCCAGAGUGGAGGUGCAGAUGGUAGGUGCAUCAGAAUGGAAGCCAGAGGAUGAAAAUAUCAAAGACGAACAUCUGGCUGAAUCUUCUACCAUAAAAGAGCCAGUGUACCAACGCCUCCAGCUGCCUGAAGAGGAGGUGAUAUUGUUCAACUUGGAAGAGGCGGAGGAGGGAAUACGUUUGGUGGGGAAGCCUGUGGCCAAGCCAGUAAUCCCCACCACCAACAACAACACAACCACCAUCUCAGUGUCUUCUCUAGGAGUGCUAGAACAAACAUCCAGCCAGGACAGGAGCAGGCUGUUGAAGGCCACACAGAGUGUUCCAGUAGUUGUGAAAAGAAAGUUUGUAUCAGACUCAGAUACUGAAAGUAAGCUGCCUGUCAGGAAUGCUGCUAGUGUGGCCUUGAUAGAAGGGUCCACUCAGGCCUGGCUUGGAUGUUGCCUGUGUUGUGAGAUAUAUCCAUCCUGGAAAGCACUCCAGCUACAUGUGGCAGCCAGUCACCAACAACCCAAGCCAAUGUCAUGCCAAAUACCUGAGUCAGAUGCAGUACCUCAAAAUGCAGUGUGUUCUACCCAGGAUUUCCUGAAAACUACAGAGGCUGUUGGUGAAGAGUCUGAUACAAAUCUGGACGGCAGUACUAGUAAAAAUGGACCCACAUUUUGGCCUCUUCCUGUUGCUGGAAAAUUCAUGGGCAUCAAUCAGGUUGUUGAUAUUUUGAAACAUACAAAUGAAAUUCUAGAAUCCAUACCUCUUGGAGAAAAAAGUAAUGUGUUCUUUGUUAUCAAGAAAAAGUUGCAUAAUGGGAAGCUUUCAUGCCGUGAUGAUUGUGGUGACUGGAGUAGCAAAGAUGCAAGGAGUGUUGAUUCAUAUUUCUUGCUUGACAAUGAAGGGAAUUUAAAGAAUGUGUUCUUGAGAAAUAAUCUCUACGUGAACCACACCAGAAAGAUGAAAAAAUCUAUAUGGACUCCUCUUAAGCCACAGCCAGCCAAAGAAAGUGUUCUGAGAAUUCAUCGUUUCUAUGCAACUUUGAAGGCCAAGGAUGAUUACAUAAAGCGCCUGACUUGUAUCAUGAGUGGAAAUGUAGACUAUAGUGAUAGGAUGUUGGUAGAAUAUUGUGGGGAAUACCUUAAGCCUCAGUCUGGUCAUUUGGUGUCUGCAAAGCGCAUAAGGAAAAACUAUAAUUCCAGGAUAGGUUGUGAGACAAAUAUAUCAUGUCAAGCAUGCUUAGAUGUGGCUGAGAAUAUCCAAGACAAGGGUUUAAACCACUCAAAAUACAAGCUAGAAGAAAUGACAAAGAAUGGCAAGUCUACAAAACAGAAACAAGAUGAGAAAUUUCAAGUAUCAAAUCUUGCUGAUUACUUACCAGAGAUGAGAGCAGCUUUCAGUAAGAAUUUUUCAAGACAGUCAACAAAUGAAGUAGGUCUAGGUGGAGCUGAGGACACUUCUGAUGAGAAACCAAAAUCUCUUAAGGAAUUGAUUUACCAAAAGUUACAUGACUCAAUGGAUAAAAAAGAUCCUGGAUUUAGAUAUUAUUUCAUUGAAGAAAUUGCUGAAGUGUUGGAAAUGUUGAAAAAUGAUCUUAAUGUGCAAGAGAUUAUUGACAGAAAAGACCAGCCACCAUGUGUAAUUUUGUAUUCCACAGAACAGAUUUGUGACAUGAUUUCAGAGUUAGAAAGUGGUAGUGUUUUAGGAAUAAAUAGAACGAUUAGCUUUGGUGCAUGUUACAUUACUGUAGCUGUAUACAAAAGUUCAAAAGUCAUUCACAAACAUUCAGAGAAGAACCCUUUGCUCCUGGGCCCUAUGUAUCUCCACUGGGAUACUGAAUUAGGAACAUAUUUUUCUUUUUUUUCCCAUCUCAAGAGUAUUUUGGGCAAAAUUAUAUUGAAUUUUGAGAUAUGUUCCACUAAUGGUCAUGAGGAAGGGCUAAUGAAGGCCCUCAGAAGAUGUUUUCCUAAGGCUGAAUGUACCUUAUGCCCCAAACACUUGAAGGACUGUAUGAGGGAAUACUUGUGUGAAGUGGUCAAGUGUGAACCAGAUGAUGAAAAUGUAAUAGUGAAUAAGAUCUUUGGAAAUGGAGGAAUAGUUAUGAGUAAAGAUAUGUCCAUUUUUGAAAAAAGAGCCUCAAAUUUACAGUUUUAUUUUGAUCGGUUCCCUAUAUUCAAGUCAUAUUUUGAUAAUAUAAAACCAGUAUUAACACAGUACAUGUGGGAGCCAAACAAGAAGGGUGUGUCAAAAAACUUAUGGAUGAAUAACAAUCGAGAGCCUGUAAAUCUUAUCAUGAAACUGAGUACCAGCUGGAGAUCACAAAAGCUGGCAGCUCUCAUAAGAAAGAUAUGUAGUGUAAGUAAAAAACAAUUGUCAGAUAUGAAGAGGUCUUUGUAUGAUCCUGGAAACUAUUUGUUACUGGAAAGAUACAAAUCUUUUGCAGUCAACAAAGAUGUUUGGCAGGAGAUUACACAAGAAGAACAAGACAUUAUAUUUAUGAAAUUUUUGAAAAAAGAUAUGCCAGAAGAGUGGCCAGUUACUUCUAAUACAAUUCUUCCUAUUCUGUGAUCACAAUAUUAUUAAAAGUGUAGGAUGGAACUGAAAUCCAAAUAUAAACUGUAUUGUAUAGUAUUAUAAAACUCACUUUCACUGGUUAUUCUUUUAUGCAUUUUUAUAGUAUAAUGUUUGUAAGAUGCAGCAAAUACCAGAUAUGCCUCCAUUGUGAAUUGAAGAUAAAUAACCUUAUCAAGGUAUAUGUUAAUCUUAAUUUACAAUAAACUGGUGCCCAGACAUGAAACUUUUGGCAUAGAUGAAAAGCUGAUGCAUUAUAUAGAGUACAAAGACAAAUUAGAAGUAAAUAAUAUUUGAAUGACAAAAAUAAAAAAUGCAAGUAAAAUCUUGAA